UCAAAAUAUUAUUUUUCUUCUCUCCUUAGAUAUGAAUCUUUUGGUUUAAGUGUCUUGAACUUAUAGACUUUACAUAUUGCUAUGAAUCUUAUGGAAAUGGUUUUUACUUUUGAUGAGAUUAUCUCUCUGUCUCUAGGCUACUUAUAGAACUGCAAUAACUUCUUCUCUUCUAUCUAUAUACAUAAAUAGAUCUCUUUUCACAAAAUAUUGCUUGUCCUAAAUUGAGGGUUCUGAGAUGAUUGAUAUAUAGCUGAAAAGGAGAGUUUUUUUUUCCUUUAUGCUACUGGAAAAGUUGGGGAUCUUAUGUGAAAUCAAGAGGUUAAGACAAGGAACAAGAUCAAUCAAGAUUUGAGCUUAAUGGAAUCAAGAAUGGAAGGAGAUAUGUAUUCCGGAUAUGGAGAGAGAUACCAGAUGGAUGGCAAAGUACUGCACAGUUUCCAGAAGAGAUUUGUUCAGGUUCAAUACAUUUUGGAUCAGAACCGGCUUUUGAUCAACGAGAUCAAUCAGAACCAUGCGUCCAAACAAGUAGAUCACUUGGGUCGAAAUGUUGGUUUGAUAAGAGAGCUCAAUAACAAUAUCAGAACUGUGGCAAGUCUAUAUGGUGAACUCUCUCAUUCUUUCGCCAGAUCGGUUGAUGCUUCAUCAGAAGGAGAAUCCACUGGGACCUUGAAAUCUAACGGGAAGGCCAACAACCAAAAGAGGUUUAGAUCAGGGUAAUGUUCUGUAGAUUCAAUGCUAAUUUGAGUGUGGAUUUAAGGAAUGACUUGUUGUUGUUCAACAAAAAAAAGACAUUAAUAGUUGUGUAUUGCUUCAGUACUGUCUUCAACAACUUGUGUAACUUCUGUUGAAAUGAGUUCAUGUCUUUAAUUCUGAGAAUAUAAGAAAGUUUAUCUUUAUUAAUCA